UAUAUAUAUAAAUCGCAUAUAGUGUACAUAAUUUUAUCUUUGUAAUAGUAAUAAUAAUAAUAAUAAUAAUUAUUAUUAUUGUUUUAUAUUUAUAUAUAAAGAACGUACUCGCACACAUACACAAACGCACACAUAGAGAUAUAUAAUUAUUUUGUCGGUACCUAUCAGUUUUUGAUACGAGCCAGUCAUUGUUCAUACAACUGUAUACACCGUCGUUCAGUACAAAGUUUUUCUUUGGACACUUAAAAGUAUUCAGCGUUGUACAUGUACUCUCGCAUCUCGUGCGUGUCCGGAGUGUAUUGAUACCGCCGGACUUGUAUCUUCGAUGGGAUAUCGCAAUCCGUUCGUUUCGAUUUUGUCGGUCGAUUGCAAAUUGCGCUCUAAAACAAUACCUCUAAGGUCUUAAUUGACCCCUAAAAAGUACUUCGUUUCCUUUUACGCGUUUUCUGUCAUCCUAACGGUAUUUAAAGCGAAAGUUUUUGUUCUUGCAGACCAGCCAGUAAGCUCUGAAAGUCGAUAGUUAAUUAAGAAAAGACAAAAAUGGCCUGGAUCAGUUCGAAAGACAAAUCAAAAACCAAUGCGGCUGUUGUGCACAUGGCGUACCCAAUAGAUAUGCCUAUCACCGAAGACCAAGUCACCGAACUGUACGGUGAAGGGGCUCGAAUCCACAGCGUACACCACAGGAGCAAGCCGCAACAAUCGGUGUUCGCAUCUAACAUGUCGUCCACCGCCUCGGUGGACACGACAGUAGGCUCCACUGCAGCGCUUAUCCACAGUCACGCUGCUAAAGUAAAAAAGAAGAAGUAUGCGUUCCUCAGGGGCCAAAGUCACCACCAACCGUCAUCCGGUAGUGGCAACGGCGGUUAUGUGAACGGACAUCAUAGUCAAAAAGAACUGAAUCUUCUGUUGGCUACACCUAACGUACCCAACUUUAUUGACCAUAUGCGCAAGAAGAAACACGCCAUCGACCAAGUGUCGGCUAAACGUUUAAGCAGUGACGACGACGAUGAUGACGAUUAUGACGAUGACAUAUUCCAGGAUCUCAAGACGGCUGCCAAGAUCCGUACUUCUCAGAACACAUAUGUUCCUCAGAUUCUCGCUUCGCUUACAGUAUCAUUAUGCUCAAUGGUAGUUGGAUUCGCGUCCGCUUAUACGUCACCAGCUUUACCCUCAAUGAAUUCCCCGGGAAGUCCUAUCACUGUCAGCGAAGAAGAAGGUUCUUGGAUUGGCAGUCUUAUGCCACUAGCAGCGCUCAUAGGGGGUAUGGCUGGUGGUCCCCUUAUAGAAUCGAUUGGUAGAAAAACUACCAUUCUCGCCACUGGAAUUCCUUUUAUUGUUUCGUUUCUUUUAAUAGCCUUUGCAGUUAAUGUACAUAUGGUGAUGGCAGGUAGAGCUAUUGCUGGAUUCUGCGUAGGAAUCGCUUCACUCGGUCUUCCCGUAUACUUGGGUGAGACCGUUCAGCCUCAAGUUAGAGGUACUUUGGGUCUUUUGCCAACCACUUUAGGAAACAGUGGAAUCCUUUUGUGUUUCAUUGCUGGUAAAUACUUAAACUGGCAGAUGUUGGCAAUCCUCGGGGCUUGUAUUCCCGUACCGUUCGUAAUUUGUAUGUUCCUCAUCCCCGAAACUCCUCAAUGGUUCAUUAGCAGAAACAAAGGAAAAAAAGCAAAAAGAGCGUUGCAAUGGUUAAGAGGUAAAAAUGCUGACGUAUCACAAGAAUUCAGUGAAAUUGAGAAGGCAAAUACAAUGGGGAAAAACGAAGAGAUGCCAGGAUAUUUAAGCCUGUUUUCUAAAAUGUACUCGAAACCUCUUCUUAUAUCUAUGGGUCUUAUGUUAUUCCAACAAUUUAGCGGUAUCAACGCAGUCAUAUUUUAUACUGUAAAAAUUUUUAAGGAAGCGGGUAGCAGUAUUGACGAAAAUUUGUGCACCAUCAUUGUUGGAAUAGUCAAUUUUAUCGCGACAUUCAUUGCGACGGCUCUCAUUGACAAACUUGGAAGGAAAAUAUUGUUGUACGCUUCAAGCGCAACUAUGGCCGUCACUCUGAUAACAUUAGGCACGUUCUUCAACUACAAGAAGAACGGUUACGACGUCACAGAAUUCGGAUGGUUGCCAUUGGUCAGCUUCGUAUUUUUCAUUGUCGGUUUUGCAAUUGGCUUUGGUCCAAUCCCGUGGUUGAUGAUGGGAGAAAUUUUGCCCGCUAAAAUCAGAGGAACCGCUGCAUCUUUAGCAACGGCGUUCAAUUGGGCAUGUACAUUCUUAGUAACCAAAACUUUCUCGGACUUACUCAGGGUGUUAGGGGCAGACGGCGCAUUUUGGCUUUUUGGCGGUAUUUGUCUAACCGGAUUAGUGUUCAUAAUUUUUUGCGUGCCAGAAACUCAGGGCAAAAGUUUAGAAGACAUAGAACGAAACCUUACUGGUGUGGGUAAGGGUCCCGUUCGACAAGUGAGAAGAAUGAGUUCCAUAGCGCAUCUGAAGCCGCUACCUAUGGCCAUUUAAAAAACUGCAACGCCAUUUCACCAAUAUUUCUUCGGAAUUAUUAUUGCAACUUUUUUUUUUCAAUACUAAUUCGUUUUCAUAGAAAUAAUAACUAUGCGCAUUUUACGCGUUUAUAUAUAUCAUUUGAUACUUUUUACAAUGUAAACUUUUUAAAAUAUUUUAAUUUUUACGAUUAUAUUUUAACUUAAGUAAGCAUUGGCCAUUUAAAAGAAAAAUAUGCGUUAGACUACACUGUUCUAAAGUGUAUUUGUAUAAUGGUGCUAAAAUAUUCCAGACAAUAAUGUAAAAUUAGUCGGAUCUAUUUUUAAGAGCUACCUGUCAAAUGGUCCACAUUCCGGAGAUUAGGUGAAGUUCCAUUUUUUUUUUAUGUUUUUGUCAUAUGAUAGAAAUAGCACAUCCAUCUUAUAUAAAUGUAAAAUUGAUUAACAUUUCUUAAAAAAAAUAUGUAUAAAAACAAUUCUCCAAUCCAAAUACCAAUUUUUAUUCAUAGAAAUGUUCCAUGUUUAACUAUUAAUUAUUAAAUUAGUGGGGCACUUGUUAUUGUACUUACUAUUUUUUAUUUGCAUUAAUUGAAUUGAUUUUAUUUUUCAUGGAUUAAUUACUAAUCAGCAUUUAUACUCAUAUAAAUCUAUAUAUAUAUAUAUAAAUUUAAUUAAUACCUAUUGAUAUGCUUAAGCCACACGUUAUUUUAAGGAAGGUGUCUUCGUAUUUGGAGUUUAUAAUGCGUGUAAAGUAAGGUUUCUUAUAUUUUUUUGGCUACAACAUUCAAUUUCAUUUAUUGGCCACAGUAAAUAUUUUAAGUAUUUCAAUAAUA